AUGCCCACGAUAUCCGGCGAAUCAGCAGUCUCUCUUUUUGGUGCUCAGGGUGGCAAGCCACUGUGGGAUAACCAUGCAGGGGAUGAUUUCAAUCUUGAACAACCUGACAGAGAUAUCGGGACGGGUGUAGUCACGAGUGUCUCCUCUCCUUGGCUCUUCUGUUUCGGGCCGAAGACCGAAAACACUUCAAAGCCGCGUAGCGUUCUCAUCCUCGGCGGCGGCGGCUAUUUACAGCUAAUGGUGGGACGGGAGGGGAUCGCCGUCGCAAAAUGGCUUGCCAGUCUCGGCUUCUACGCCUUCGUUCUGGUCCAUCGCUUUCCAAACGCCGAGACGCUACCUCAAGCACCAGUGGACGAUGCUCGUCGCGCUUUAGUCAUGAUUGAGCAAUGGAGUCGGGAACUGAUCGGACAUGAAUGGGGCAGCAUUGGAGUCUGCGGCCUGUCUUCAGGAGGCCAUCUUGCCGCAGCCCUUCUUGCAAAAUAUCCCCUGACUUGGAGCCCACAGUCUCCCGAAGUGCCACCGAAACUCGAUUUUGCCAUUAUCGGCUACGGCCCUAUAUCGACAAACGCGAAGGGCCGGACAGUUGUCGCGGACAAACCACCCCUUGAGCCCCCGGAGAAGCAAGAGCUUUACGAUAUCCUGCAACCAGAUGCACAGUUGGAUGCCGCAGCGCCACCGACCUUCAUCGUCUACUCAGGCAAUGACCCAGUAGUCCCAGUGGUUAAUGCCUACCGUCUAGCGGAAAGUCUGACCCAAGCUGGUGGUCAAGUCGAGUUGCAUGUUUUUGCAGAUGCUCCGCAUGGCUUUGCCCUGGACACAGAGAAUCUGCCUGUCUCCAAAUGGCCGGAAUUAUGUGCGACAUGGAUGAAGCAGAUUGGCUUAAUAAAGACAUCAUGA